CAAGAGUCGACAUUAUGUUGGAGCGUGGGUAUUUCAAACUAAAUGUGAUAUUGAUUUGAGGAAGCAGCGCACUACAGAUGCUUUCUUUUCUUUCGUGUGCGCACAUGGUCGCACAUGUCUCCGCAGCCUCAGUGCCCAACUUCGCCGUGGCCACGGCCUCCGGGUGUUUGCCAAAACCGAUUUGUCUGCCAUGGCUCCGUUUGUGGCUUUGCUGUCUUCGCUGCUGGUGACGGUGCUCGCCAUGCGCUCGACCCAGCAGAAAGAGAGUCUGGGAGAAGUGGCUUCUGCUCGCACGAAGUCUGCCAAGGAGCCGAGCUUCUGCUCGCCGAGAAAGCGAGGUGGAGGCCGACGAGGGCGAAGCCGCUCCGAUGCCUUCGGCGCUGGGGCCGCUGCGCUUGAUGUCCGCCGCCGAGGACCUGCCGCUGAUUGGACGGGUGAUUCGCUGGGCCAACGUGACGGAGGACUUGAGGAGCACCUUCUCGUGGCGCAAAGAUCAGCCGUUGCCCCCCGGUCACCAGAAGCUGAUCCACCCGGUGGGUUCGGUGGCGAAGAUCCAUUUGGAGUGGGACCACGCGAUGAUGAGCAGCCUCGGCUUCACAGGGGUCUUCGCGAAGGACCAGGAGCAAGCCUUGAUCCGCAUUGGCCCUGCGGGUGCCUUGAAGAAGACGGGCAUGGCGCCUGGAGUUUCGGUGAAGGUCUUCCGCGACUUCAAGGAAAGUGUGAACACGCUGAUGCUCUACUCCUUGCGAGGUCAGGAUGGCUUCAGCCACUUUGAACACACUCUUUGCAACAAGCUCUCGGACUUCAGGGACAAGAGCUUUGCAGAGAACUUGCUGCUGAAAUCCUUCAAGAAGGCCUCCGCGUACCCCUUCACCACGGGCUUGAGCCAGUGGGCGGAGCAAGAUCAUACCUCGCCCAAGUUUCCCUUCGUGAUUUGCUUCAGGCCCAUGGACCAUGUGAGAGCCUAUUUCGAGCGCUUUAAGGAUGAGCCCUUUGAGCACAUCCAGGAGCAGUUGCAGCACCUCUCCGCGGGGAAGAAGAUCUACGAGAUCUACGUGGGCGCCGGUCCCCGCACGCAGCUGAAGCCCGUGGGCCACGUGAGCCUCGUGUCGGAGUUCCACAAGACCAAGUUCGGCGAUCAGAAGCUCUUCUUCCGCCACGACUGGUUCGAAGAGGAUUUGGAGUGGAUGCCUGCGUGGAAGGACUGGGUGGAUGCUGAAGAGUUCUGGUAUGAGGAAGGGGCCAACAACUUCUACAGCAGCAUCGAUCCUUCCGAGCAGAAGGAGGUUGGAAACCAAAACGCCUGGGUCGGUGGCUACAACCCCUCUUCAGGCAGUGAGAUCGUGGAGAACUUGAAGACCUACUUGCCCUUCUUGCCCUGGUCCUGGGUCUCCUGGAUGCAGCGCACCGAAGCCGCUGGCAGCAGCGCCAGCACCGGCGCCGGGCUCCAUGAGACGAGCGGCCAGGCGAGCGCUCAGCGCCAUGUGGAAGCCUCCGGCUGUCCCUUCGCAUAUUUGCACCAAGGAGACAGCAGCUUCAUUCACGCCCUCCUCAAGUGACACCAGCAGAGGAGGGGCUGAACAGGCUCCUUUUGGGACCUUCAGGAGUAUUCAGGGAGCAACGGCUCACCUGCUGCGCUCCAAACAGGCGGACGCAAGGAGAAGCGGCUCGUGCGGGUGGGAUGCUUGAACGGGUUUGACCUCCUCCCCCGAGGGAUUCUGGUCCCAAACAAGGGGCUCCCCGGAUCCCGAGCAGGGAUCGACGAUGGGCGUGUGUUACUGCUCUUCCCGGAAGGCUGAAGCGAGAAGUCCUGGCAUGUUGGGGCAUGGAACACCACCGAAACAUGGGGGUGAGAAGUGAGAAGUGACAUGUGCUUCUGGUGUGCAAAUCGGUCACCGCCCAAGUCAUUUUGGCUUACAUCCCCUCAGUGCAGAAGCUGGAGCUCGUCCUUGGCCUGCCAACAAGAGGUUCACAGGUUGAGCGGAUUUCGUAGUCCCAAAUCCUUGGUACAACAAGUAAAGACUAUUUGUAGUGUAGUCGGGUUGAGGAAGUAGAUGACACAACCUCCCCCCAAGUUCGGGUGGGACCCCAUUGGUCUAGGACCUCCCUUGGGGUGCCGUGCGAUCAAACCGCCUCCGUCGUGUUUCGACUGCACCGCAG